ACCCAAGCGCAUUGGAUCUUUCAGCGAGAAAUGGCCGCCGAAGCCGACUUGGAAAGUUCCUGAAGACGUCCCCGAUCUUACAGGAAAGAUAUUCCUGGUCACAGGCGGUAAUGCAGGAAUGGGUCUGGAGACGUGCCGUGUUCUAGUGGCCCGUGGUGCAAAGGUAUACCUUGCUGCACGCUCGGAAGAAAAGGCUAGUGCGGCUAUGGACGACAUCUGCAAGAGUACGGGGAAAAAAGAUAUCCAUUUUUUGAAGAUUGACCUCGCCGACCUCGCUUCCGUUAGGAAAGCUGCGGAAGAAUACAUGUCGAAAGAGCUGGAGCUUCAUGUUCUCAUCAAUAACGCUGGCGUAUUGUACUCUCCGGGCAUCGGUCCCCAAACCACUCAGGGAUACGACAUACAAUUCGGAGUGCACGUUCUUGGCCACUACUUUUUUACCAAACUCCUGAUGCCCACGCUCCUCCGCACUGCGGAAGGCGAGGUGUCUGGCGCACCAUGCCUAGUGCGCGUGGUCUCCGUGUCGUCGGACGCGCACGAGCUUACCGCUCCAAGCCAAGGAAUCGUCUGGGAGUCGCUUCAAAAAGGUGAUGCAGCUAUUCCGACGCGAAAAAAGCUUGUAGGACACCGCUUAUACGGCCAAAGUAAACUGGGCGUGGUACUGAUCUCCUCAGAGCUGGCACGACGAUAUGGGGACCAAGGUGUCGUAGCCAUAUCCCUCCACCCAGGGGGCGUCGAUUCAGAGCUAUUGCGCAAUUUGCAUCCCAUCAUCGCCUGGAUAGUGAAGAAAACACGCAUCUACCCGGUCACAUUAGGCGUCACAACCUCCCUAUACGCCGCGACAUCCGAGGCGGCCCUCGAGAUGAACGGAGAGUACUUGACUGCUUGGGGGCGACGGCAGGUGCCGAGUAAACACGCCUAUAACUUGGAGAUGGCGGAGAAGGUGUGGACCUGGUGUGAGGAACAGGCUACCGGGUUCUGAAGGCGCGACGAUGGGCGCUAGUCGUCGGCGCCGUACAAACAUGCCUGGCUUGCCAAAGACAAGAAAUGCGCGACGCACCGAUGAACUCGCAUUUCGGUAUGGCAAGGCAGAUGGAGAGAGCCUGGAGCGUCUGGAGCUUUCGGCCUCGAUUGACCAACAGUUGCCAAUAACGGACCGUAGCCGAAUACUCUGUGGUGCGUUAGUGUCUCGUUUAAGCAGAUAAUUUUGCGGUGCGCCUGCUAGCAUCUCUGCAAGUGGGUCGUUACAAGUACUUCUAUUACUUGAUGCGCUGAACUUCGAAAGCUGUCCCCAGUUUUGACGAUUGUAUUCCC